AUGAAGAAGUUGCUAGACGACUACAGAUGGCUGAAAGGUCCCGAAUGGUUGGCUAAAUCGUCUGAAAGAUGGCCGAGCACAUUUCCGACAGAGUCGGCAGACGACGAGACAGUGGAAGCGGAACGAGUGAGGACCCAGGUCCUGCUGGUAGACACCGAUGACAUGCCGUCUUCAGUUACCAACAUCGAGAACUACAGUCGACAGCAUCGGCUUUUGCGAGUCACGGCUUGGAUUUACCGCUUCGUCAAGAACUGCCGACUCGCAGGGAAUAACGUCACCGGACCACUAAGCGCUGAAGAGAUCUGUAACGCUGAAGUCUAUUGGAUCAAGGAGGCGCAGAGAAGCGAGUAUCAAACGGAGAUACAGCAAUUGCGUCGGGAUGGAUAUGUCAACGAGAGCUCGCACAUUGCGAAAUUUCAACCAGCGUUGGACGGAAAUGGCAUCUUGAUGGUUUCUGGCCGUCUACAGCACUCUACACUACCACUUCACGUAAAGCACCCGGUCCUGCUACCGCAUGGACACCGGUUCACCGAGCUGGCAGUGGAUGCUGCGCAUCGUCGGCUACUCCACGCGGGUGUCCAAGAGACAAUGGCAGAUAUGCGAGACCACUACUGGAUCCCUAGGUGCCGACAGCUGGUGAAGAAAAUUCUGCACCAGUGUACAGCGUGUGCACGGCACAGAGCUAAACCAGCAACCGCACCCGUAGCACCACUUCCGGGAGACCGAGUAUCGCAAAGUGGACCAUUCGACGUGAUCGGGGUGGACUUUGCCGGACCCUUGUACGUGAAGUCUGAGGAUGGAGAAGAUCAAAAGGCGUACAUCGCCCUAUUCGCCUGUGCGGUUACUCGAGCCGUCCACCUCGAGUUGGUCUCCAGAAUGACGACACCGAGUUUUCUAUUAGCCUUUCGACGUUUCACGGCACGACGCGGCGUUCCUUCCGUAAUCUAUUCGGACAACGCUACGACCUUCAAGAAAGCAGAGAAGGAAAUUUGGAAGGCGUUGAAAGGCCAGGGUUUCCAGGACCACCUCGCCGAUCACAAGAUUCACUGGAAGUACAUAAUUGAACGGGCGUCGUGGUGGGGCGGCUUCUGGGAACGCCUGGUCAGAAGUGUGAAGACAGCCUUAAGGAAGACCCUCGGGAAAAACAGGCUCACCUUCGAGGAGCUGACGACCGUUCUGCACGGUGUCGAGGCGGUCAUUAACUCUCGACCCCUUACGUUUGUGAACGACAGCCCUGCUGACGAAGGACCGCUUACCCCCGGCCCACUUCUUGGUGGGAAAAAGGACAACUUCGCUUCCACCACUGGACGUCGUACCUCCGAGACCAUCCACUGA